AGUUUGGCUCAAUUUCUUGCUCUGCCUGCCCUGUACGCGUCCCGAGCAAAGCAUGGCCCAGGCUCGUGAGGGUGGUACCCCGCUGGCACCGAACAGGGAGGAUGUCGAGUCGAUAUCUGUGUCCCAGCAGAUCGCCCCAAUGGCCAUGGCGAGGAUGUAUCGACGAGAGUUCCUCAUCAUGAGUGUCGCUUUUGGCCUCAACCACGCCACGGUAACGACGCCAAUUAUCUACGCAUCCAGCGUGCUCACCAACAGUACUGGGCAAGGCAGCAACGCGGUGUUGUAUGUCGCGACCUUGAUUGUUUCCUUGCUUUUUUCCAACCCACUGUUUUCGCUAUUGGGUUCCAAGAAGGGCCUGUCAAUCUCCAUGGUCUUGUACGCGGUAUAUGUGUUCCUAUUUGCGGCCGCCGCCAAUGCGUGCAUGGACAGGGACGCAAAGGGGAAAUGCGUCACAGGGGGCGCGGUUCAGUCGAUAGCCGCCUACGUUGGCGCGACCAUUGGCGGCUGUGGAGCCGGAUUGCUCUGGACUUGCCAGGGCGCUUUCUUCGCAUCUUCGGCACACAGGUUGGCAGAAGUCGAGUUGAAAGAUAGGGGUGCCAUGACUGCAGAGCUCGCAGGGACAUUCGGUGUGAUCUUUCUCGGUUUCGAAGCGGGCGUGAGAGCGCUCACGACGCUGCUUCAUGUGUACGCCAAGCUGAGCUACCCGGUCGUUUUCUACCUGUAUUCCGCGCUUGCCUUGUCGUCCGCGGUGGCGUUCAUGGCGUCAGCGACGGAGCUACAGAGUGGUGCCAAUGCUCCGAAGGCCGAAGUCUGCACAAAGGUGCUCGCCGCGGUCAGAAUGUGGCGCGAUCCCAAGCUCUGGCUGCUGAUGUCCACGAACGUUACUUUCGGCUUCGCCGCCGCGUGGCUGGGCGGCUACGUGGGCGAGAACAUCCUGUCGCAGGCACUGAGCUCCGGCUUCAUCGGCUUCGCCGGUGCCCUGCUGUCGGCCCUCGCGGCCGUGCUCAGCCGGGUGCUGGGCUGGGUGUCACAGAGGACGGGCAAGGGCCCUGUCUUGCUGAUGGGCGCGGUGUGCUUCGCGCUGCUCGGGGUGCUGAGCAAGGUCGGCGACCCUGCCAAGUGGCACUGGGGCGUCCUCGUCUUCUACAUGUGCAUGGGCGUGGGCAGGGCGGUCUACGAGAGCACCAACAAGGCCAUCUUCGCGGACUUCUUCCCCAGCCCCGAGCAGGGUCCCGGCGUCUUCGCCAACGUGUUCGUGUUCGGCACCGGCUCCAGCGCCGCGGCGUUCCUCCUGGGCGCGCUGGAGAAGACAAAGUAUGAGUUCCCCGUCCAGUUGGCUCGGCUCGCUGUGCAAGGAUAUCGACACGGCAGAUUUGUUUCUCUCGGCGGCGUGGUCGUCGGCCCGUUCCACGUUACCAACGGCGUCGUCGCCGGCUGUGGUCUUGCGACCACCAUGGUGCGUAUCAGUGCCAUCCCUGCUCUCGACGCGUUGCAGCUGCCACCAGGUAUCACGCUCGACGUUUACAUCACGAUUACGGUCUCAGCUGCAACGGGUCCAAUACCUACAUUGUUGGUCACCUCCCUGAGGCCGCGGCCAACUUCAGGGAGGCCAUCGAGGCCGAUAUGGGUGCGGUCGAGCUGUACCUCCUGCUGUUUUUCGCCGCGCUGACCUUCCCGGCCUUCCUCCUGGCGUCCGCGCUGGCCAAGCGCGCCGAGGCCCGCGAGCCGCGGCAGGCGGCGCCGUGAGGGCAGCGCCGUGAGGCCGGCGGCGGGGGCCGCCAGAGCGGUCGAGAAUGUUUAGCUUCGCCAGAGCUCGUCUUGUUCAGCUGCGCAGGCGCGCUCCCCGCCAUGCCGUUAGAGGCGAUUGGGAGUUGAGUGUCGUCCGCCGUCGUCGGUCGUCCCCUCGGGUGUCCUCCUCAGGCGGCCAAACGGCCUCCUAGUCUUCCUCCUCCUCCUCCUCCUCCUCCUCCUCCUACUAGUCCUCUUCCUCCU